AUGCAUUGGACAACGAUAGAGAGAGAGCUGAGAGUCUUUGAUGAUACAAAGGUUCAGCUCACCUCCAGAGUUCAGAUUCCAGAGAUUGACCUCAAAGGCAUCCACGAAGGUGGUCUCCGACGCAAACAAAUCAUUGAGGAAAUUCAGCAUGCUUCAGAGACAUGGGAAUUCUUCGAGAUUGUGAACCAUGGGAUCUCUGAAGAUGUCAUGAACAACCAAUUGAAGUUAAAAGGGAGUACUACACGCGAGACGGAUAUUAUGAUAAGUUAUUCAGAGCAUCAAACAAGGCUGAAAUUUACCCUCUUGGAGUUACUAUCAGAGACCUUAGGGCUCAAACCUAAUCACCUGAUUGAGAUGGAGUGUGGUGUCGGGCACAGCCUUAUAGGUUACUACCAUCCGGCAUGCCCUGAGCCUGACCAAACAAAAGGAGCCAAUGAGCAUACAGAUCCUGAUUUCUUCACUAUUCUUCUACAAGACCAAAUUGGAGGCCUCCAAGUCCAUUAUCAAAAUCAGUGGGUUGAUAUCCCUCCUAAGACUGGAGCUUUGGUAGUUAACCUUGGUGACUUCUUUCAGCUUAUCUCUAAUGACAAGUUCAAAAUCUCCAAGCAUAGAGUCCUGACAAACCUUGUAGGCCCAAGAAUAUCAGUGUCAUGUUUCGUCAGCACUCAUUUGCAGCCAUUUAACAGGGUUUAUGGUCCAAUAAAGGAAUUGUUAUCAGAUGACAAUCCUGCUCUAUACAGGGAAACACUGGUCAGAGACUAUGUUGCAGAUUAUGUCUUAAAAGAACUUGGCAGCCCAGCACUUUCAUAUGUGAGACUCUGA